CCAAUUAGAAUUUUUUGCUGGAGGCGAUUUGAAUCUGUUUGGCCCUGGAAGUAGAAUCCUUGUAACAAGAAGAAAUAAACGCAUAUUUCGGAACGGUGAUGAGAUAUAUGAGGUUGAGGAAUUAGACGUCGAUGAAGCUCUAGAGCUCUUUUAUUCGAGAGCUUUUAGAAAUAAGUCUCCCCCGGGUGAUUAUACAACUUUUGCAAAAGAGGUGGUAGAUUAUGCGGGAGGCAAUCCAUUGGCUCUUACAAUCUUGGGCUCCGUAAUAUUCUGUCAUUGCAAGAGCAAAGAAGACUGGGAAGGUGAAUUAGUGAAAUUGAAAAAAUUUCCUAACAAAAGAAUCCAGAAUGUAUUGAGAUUCAGUUAUGAUGGAUUAGAAGAAAAUGAGAGGGAGAUAUUUCUCGAUAUCGCCUAUUAUCACAAAGGGAAGCAAAUUGAUGAGGCAAAAAGAAUUUUAGAUGCCUGUGGUUUUUGUGCCAAUGCAAAUUGAGAGUAAAAAUUCUCGUUGAUAUGUCUCUCAUAUCCGUAGGUGAAUAUUCAACACUUGAGAUGCAUGAUUUGAUACAAGAAAUGGGUCGGGAAAUUGUUCGUGAUCAAUGUGUUAAAAAUCCUGAAAAACGCAGUAGAUUGUGGCUUGCAAAUGAUGUUCGUCGUGUACUGGAAAAUAAUACGGGUACUGAAGACAUUGAGUGCAUGGCCAUGAAUAUGGAUCUCAUUAAAGAUUUAUAUGUGAAUGUUGCAUCCUUCGAAAAGAUGCAUAAGCUAAGAUUACUAGAUCUAUACUCGUACUCGUACACCAGGGGUGUCAGCAACUUGGACCUUCCUCCGAUGCGUAAGCUAAAAUUACUAGAUCUAUACUGGUACACCAGGGGUGUCAACAAAUUGCACCUUCCUACAGGUUUCGAGUUUCUCCCUGAGGCCCUUAAAUAUCUGAGGUGGCAUUUCCUUUGGGGUUGGCUAAAAGUUUGAGAGUCCAAAUCUCGAGAGAAUUAGCCUUUGGGGUUGUAAAAGUUUGGUUCAACUUCCUUCAUCGUUUCAGAAUCUUGCCAAGCUUACUUUUCUUAGUCUGGGAGGUUGCUCCAAUCGCAAAAUUCUCCCAGAGAUGCCAGGCAAUCUGGAAGUCUUAGGGUUGAGUCGGACUGCAAUUGAAGAAUUGCCUUCAUCAAUUUGGUCUCUCGAGAAGCUUCAUCAUUUGGAUCUUCAAAUAUGUGAAGAGCUUAAGAGUCUUCCAAGCAGCACUUGUAGGUUGAAUUCGCUCCCAAUUCUUGAUCUACAUGGCUGCCGCUCUCUUGAGUC